UCGUACCACCAUACUAAUUACUCACACUGGUACUCUUCGCUUUCAAAAUCUCAAGACUACAGAGAAUCGCCAUUUACGGACUUUCGGAACCCAUGGAAACAGAGGAAGCACAACGAGUACUUCCAUUUCAGCUUCAAUUCGACAAACCCAUCGCCUCUCAGAUCAAAAUUGCUGAAUGGAACCCAGAAAAAGAUUUGUUGGCUAUGGUUACCGAAGACUCGAAGAUUCUGCUACAUCGCUUCAAUUGGCAGAGGCUAUGGACCAUAUCUCCUGGAAGGUGCAUAACAUCCUUAUGUUGGCGUCCUGAUGGGAAAGCAAUUGCUGUUGGGCUUGAAGAUGGGACCAUUUCUUUGCAUGAUGUUGAAAAUGGAAAGCUGUUGCGAAGCAUGAAGUCACACACCGUUGCUAUUUUGUGCCUUAACUGGGAGGACAAUGGACAUCAGAUUGCAGAUGACUCUAGUAAAAUCUCUGCUUAUGAAGACCGAACUUCUCGUUUCUUCCCUCCUCCUCCAAGAGCUCCUCGUAUUCCUGGUUUGGUGCCCGGUGACACUGGCUUCAUGGAUGAUGGUGAUGAACCGUUUCGGGAGCUGUCAAAUUCUUCACAUCAACGAUUUAACAUUCUAUGCAGUGGAGACAAAGAUGGAAGCAUCUGCUUUAGUAUAUUUGGCAUAUUCCCAAUAGGAAAAGUGAAUAUACACAAUUUUUCUAUUCAUAGUACGAUAAUGGGUACCCCAAUUACUUACGGAUUUCGGAAUGCAUCCAUUAGUAAGGUGGCUUUGUCAAAAGAUCUUUGUUAUUUGACAGUUAUGUGCUCUGGGGAACUUUUUGAAGAUGGAGUUGAACCAAGUGAAAGACAGAUUGCUGGACAUAAUUUUCUUGGUUUCCAGUGCUUACUGCUUGAUACUUCUAUAUUGUGGAAGAGGAAAAAUGAGCUUCAUCAGGUGGCUCAACAAGCUUCUAACAUUGAGGAUUUAAUUGAAGUCAUCCGGGCAUCACUCUCAGUCAUGUUUAAGCAAUGGUCUGAUGCAAUGCAUGCAUUCCACGAGAAAUUUGAUUCUCUAUCCACUCUGAUUAUUGACCAUGGACUGGACUCUACCCCCCAAGAGGAGUUCCUAAGCCUUUUAGGUGGCGCUCGGACAAGUCCACCAGUACAUCAAUUUCUAGUUAAUUCUCUUGGUGAAGCGGGUCUCAAGCGGGUUGCAAAGGUGGUUUGUGGCGCUGGAAGAGAGCUUCAGCAACUUGUCCUUGAUCAUCUACAGCCUGCUGCAGAAAUUGUUGCAUUCAGAAUGGGAGAACUGAGGGGCCUUUCAAAAUGGCGUGCACGAUAUCAGGGUAUUGGUUUGGAUGAGACACUAAUGGAUAAUGCAACAGAAAAAGCUGGGAUGUUUCUUAUACAAGUUGAACGUUUUAUGAGGGUUCUAUCCUCUGUGGUGCAGCAGUUUUCAAAUUUCUUCAGCUGGCUUCUGAAAUAUGUGAAGAUACUAAUGUCAGAACCAAGUGAUCAACUUUUACCCUUCAGUAGUGAGCUAGUUAUUAUAUUCUUGAAGUUUCUGCAUGAUCAAGAUCCUAUUAGGCAGUUGCUGGAACUCUCUGAAUUUGAUUACAAUAUUGAAACAGACGUGGAAACAAUGAAAAGAGUUAGGGAAUUGACUCAUUUUGGGGGUUUUUUAGAUUCCGAAUACUUGCGAAGGACAUUAGCAAAAGAAUUUCAAGAAAUGGAAUCUUGCUUUAAGGUGGCCUUUCAGAUGCCCUUCAAUACAAUCUCCAAACAACUCCUUUGUAAGGAUUUGCUGCCACUGUUUCCUAUUGCAUCUUCACCAAGUUCUGUGUUUACUGCUGUUCCAACAUCAAUAUCAUACUAUAAGGAAGCUUCUGAAACUGCUUCAGCUCAUCAAACUCAACGGCAAAAGCUUGUUGAUUACAUCUCUUUUCAAAUACCUGAUGAGUCUUUCACCGAUGCUGCAAAUUGCAUAGGCUUGGCAAGGGGGUUUAUGCAUGACUUGGCCAGUGCAGACGAGGGGGGUACUUCUCUGGAAGCUGUCUUGUUAUGUGUUCCUGAUCGGUAUCAAUGUGUGGAUCUGUCCCUAUAUAAAGAAGGUCAAAUUGUUCUGCUAUUAAAUGAAACAACCGUUACUUCUGAAAGCUCCAGAAAUGCUUGUAUGAUGAUUGUACAAGCAAGUGACCUUCCAUUUGUACCUAUUGCAAGAUCUACUAAUCUGAACUAUUGGAAAUUGCAUGAAUUAAAGGAUUCCAUUGUUUACCUGCAAAUGGAGAAUGAAAAGGUUCGAGGUAUUCCUCACUCCGUAAUUGCUCCCUUGGCGGUUAGUGCAUCCAGAGGUGUGGCUUGUGUUUUUGCUGCUAGAAAGCGUGCUUUGGUCUACAUCCUUGAGGAAGAUGAAGACGAUGUCUCUGAUGCAGAAUGAUUGCAGUUUAUCUCUAAUUAUCACUCACCACUUUCUUUUUCAAUUUGUGUAUAAUUGUGAUGUUGACCUAGCUUAUUCUCUCUGUUUAUUUGUUAGUUUAUAAAAUUCCUUUUGGAAGACAUUUAAUGGUAACCAUAGUUAUCUCCGCCACAAACAAAACAAACGAAUGGACCCUUUACUUCUGCAAGGUUGGACAGAUU